AGUAUGUGUGACAUGGACGCUCCUGCUAUAGUUUUUGACAACGGAUCUGAAAUGUCAAGAGUUGGAUUUGCCGGAAACAAUGCUCCAUGUUCAACCUUUCCAACUAUUGUCGGUCACUCCAAGAGAACAAACGGUAGAAGCCUUGAUGCCUACAUCGGAGAUGAAGCACAGACUAGACGAGGUCUACUCGAUAUUGAAUAUCCUGUGGAUCACGGAAUUGUGUCCAACUGGGAUGACAUGGUGAUGAUCUGGCAUCACACAUUUUAUAAAGAGUUGUACGUUGCUGCAGAAGAGCAUCCUAUUCUUCUCACUGAACCGCCGCUCAAUCCACAAGCAAACCGAGAAAAGAUGGCUCAAAUUGUAUUUGAGACAUUCGCAAUGCCUGCCAUGUAUGUCGCCAUCCAGGCCGUCCUCUCUCUCUACGCAUCUGGACAUACAACAGGCAUUGUUGUCGACUCUGGUGAUCGAGUAUCGCAUGCUGUACCAGUCUAUAACGGUUUUAUUAUUCCUCACACAGUCGGUCGAGUCAAUCUAGGUGGUCGAGAUAUGACCACAUAUCUCAUGCUUCUCUUAUCAGAGAGAGGAUAUGCAUUCAGUACAAUGGCAGAACGAGAAAUCAUACGAGACAUGAAAGAGAAGCUAGCCUAUGUGGCAUACGAUUUUGAUCAAGAAAUGACAACUUCAUCGAUAGAAUGUUCUUUGCAAAACACUUACAUGCUGCCAGAUGGAAAGGUGGUUAGUGUUGACACUGAAUGUUUCCAGUGUCCAGAAGUUCUGUUUCAACCUGAUUUUCUUAGCAUGGGGCCACUUGGAAUUCAACAUGCUGCAUACAAUUCAAUCAUGAAAUGUGAUGCACUCAUUUCAAACCUUUGUGCCCAUAUACUGCUAGCCGGUGGCACUACGUUGCUCUCUGGAUUUCCGGCUCGUUUCCAGAAAGAAUUGUCUGCAUUGGCGCCAUCCACUGUGAAGGUCAAUGUCAUAGCGCCAUCAGAUCGUAGAUAUAGCGCUUGGAUUGGUGGUUCAAUUCUGGCGUCUCUAUCUACAUUCCAGCAGAUGUUGAUCAGCAAGCAGGAAUACGAAGAAGUCGGCCCUCAAGUUGUUCACAGAAAAUGUUUCUGAUUGUUAUCAAUACCAAGUUCAGCUUGAC